GAAAAUGGCAAAAAAGUGGGAAGGUGGGAUACUUUUUAUAAGUAGGAGUAGAUGUAAAAUUGAUUUCUAUAUCUCGAAUUACAAUCUAGUGGUGGAGGAUAAUAUCAAAAAGUAGAAAAUGAUAAUUUGAGUGAUUCAAUAAAGGUUGGAAAGUGGAGAGAGCUAAUUGAUGGAUUUUAUGAGUAUUUAUAAAGAAUUAUAUAUAAUAGGUAUGGCUAGAUCACAUAUUUUGGUGAAUACGCUAUUGGUAAAAAAGUAGGUAUAUGGUAAUAAAUGUUUGGGAACAAUAUAAUGUAUCUAUAAAGUAUACUUUAUUAGGGAAGAAGAUGAUUAUUUAAAUUGA